AUGUCAAACAGCAGUUCUACUUUUCUUCCUACUAAUACACGUUUAAAAUCGACAUUGGCUUUAAUCCAUCAUCAACGUUAUAUGAAAAAAGAUAUAUCAUCCGCUGUCUCAGAAAUAACAGCUGAUUUUCAAUUAAAUUGUGGAAAAUUUCAUGGUUCAUCAUCACAAUUGGUAAAAAAUCAAAAAUACCAUCAAAAGAAAACUAAUAGUAAACUUUAUCCACUAUCGUCAAAACAAUUACUAUCAUCGAAUUGUCUUACAGAUAGUAGUUUAUCAUCAGAAAUAUUUGAAAAUAUUACAAAUGACAUGAAUAAAUCAGUAGCACAAAGUGUCUCACCGAAUGAAAAAGUGAAAAAAAAGCAAAAAAUCUAUCAUAAUCGAGAACAAAAAGUUUUGAGCAAAACAAAUUCAAAUACAAAAUUUAUCAAUAAAUUACUGACAAUGACCGAUUCAGAUUCUUUCGAUAAUAUUUCGAAUAUCUAUGAUGAAGUGGCGUACAUGAAACAUUCAAUGUUCGAACGACAAUUACUUGAAAAUUUACAUAUACAACAAUUACGUUAUCAUUCAUUACCAAACAACAGGGCAUCAAAUUUGUAA